AUGGGGGAUAAAAGUGGCAUUUUCCGGUGUGCCGACGGUAUAGACAAGUUACUCAUGUUGUUUGGUACCUUGGGAAGUAUUGGAGAUGGGAUCAUGUCUCCACUUACAAUGCUGGUUCUAAGUGGCGCCAUCAAUGAUUAUGGAGGUGCUGACCUUUCUAUCUCCAAUCAUGUGGUGGACAAGUUAUACAACAACAACAACCAUGAACCACUUGGAGCAAUUGAAACCGACAUUGCAAUACCGCCAAAGAUUCCUACAACAAAUGCAGGCUAUUUUGGUGUUUUGAGUCGCUCCAUAUAG